CUAAAACUAAAUCUGGGCCAUACACGUCACUCAUUACCUUCAAUCACAUUCUAGUCUCUGAGAAGUCAAAACCGAAUCAUAAAAGAAAAAUGCCUCGUAUUAAUCCACCGCUCUCUCCACCUUUCAACCGCCGUCUCAUAUUACUUUUUCCGAUCAUACAUUUAAUUCACGGCUCUCUCCUCCAAGCUGACGGAGCCUCGGCGGCGUCGUCUUCCUAUUUCGGAUCAUACACUCAAUACAAAACUAUCAUCUCCCUCUCUCACUCUCUCUUCACGCGAGUGUCCAACCUCCGCGCCGCACGCGGCGAUAUUGCCGGGGCAAGUCGCGCAAAAGGAAUUGCUGAUAGACUUGAAAAAGGUUUCUGGGGUUUGGCGUGGUCCGUAGGUUUUGAUUAUGUGAAAAAUUACUCGUGGAGGGAUUUAAAUUAUAGGGAGCUUUACGGUGUGGUUUCAGACUUGAAUGAAUUAGCAUCGGUUUUGAGCGAGUUGACUCAGGCUGAAUCGGACAUGCAAAGAGCCUCUUUGGUUGCGAGAAACUACAGUAAUAUCCUCAGAAUUGCUAAGUCUGUUUUACAAAGAUUUCUUAAAGUGUUUCACCAAUCGGGAGCUUUGAAGGAAGUAGUGGAGACGGUGCAGAGAGAGGUGGUGGAUGGUGAAUUAUUAAGGGACUCCCUUGAAUUGGGAACUAAUGAUUUGAAAGUUCUUCUCAGAAUUUCCCUGUGGGAUGUUUGGAAUUGGUGGCGGGGUGUUGAAAGAGCAAAUUUAGAAUUUAUUUGAUUUACUAUUAGAUUUUUAAAAAAAGAAUUGCGGUUGUGUGAAAUCUGUUUUGGGAAAAGAUUGCUUUCUUAAAAAGCAAUUUUCAGAGCUUAAAGAUAAAAUAAAUUUCGAGCUCAAUGCAAACAAUCCAUAAUGUUUAGCUUGAGAAUAGACUGGGCGACAGGCCCGGUUCCAACUGCAACUGCGUCAAUAUCGCCCUGUCAAAGUCAUACUAGGAGAAAAUGGGGCUCAUUUAUAGCUUUGCUACACAUAUAUUUGAGGGAGGGAGAGGUGCAGGAGCCUAGUACCCGGCCCUCCUGGGCCUCUUGUGGGCUACAUCAGAGCAAACAUGAGCAAAGCUAGUCGAGGCCCAUCUGCUUAAAAAGGAUACACUGUUGCAGUCUCGUUCCCCCCUCUCCCAAGUUCUUAUUUAUAAGAGGUCAUCUUCUAGCCUUAGCCAAGAAGACAUUUUAAAAUUUGAAGUACGUCUCUGUAUCAUAAAUAGGUGAGGUCAUGUCAUGUCAUGUGGGUGGGUCAUGAAAUGGAGACACAUACUAAUUGUUGAUUCAACUACCCUCUUUCAAUUUCA